UUACAGAAAACUUUCCGAGGAACCUCCGUCUCUUAUUACCGAGACACCCAGGAAAUGGAUAUUUAAGAAAGAAAAUUUCCUUUCCAAGGGAAUUGCUCCUAAAAAUAGAAGAUGGGGCGGAGCUUCACUCUCAGAUUUUGUAUAUAAGUCAUCACUCAACCCAGACAGUUAUAUUCCUCCAUUCAUCUCCAUCAAACUCAACAAUGAAGACCAACCAAAUGAAGACUGACUCCACCCAGAUGAAGGCUGACUCCACCCAGAUGAAGGCUGACUCCACCCAGAUGAAGGCUGACUCCACCCAGAUGAAGACCCUCUAUGAUGACAAUGGGUACCUGACCUCCGUAGACGUCCUCCUGGAGGAACAGCUUCUCCAUGCCCUCCAAGAGUAUGCAAAGCUGGAGGAGAAGUUUGGGAAGGAGUACACUCAGUACAGUCUACACAACGUCCACUUGGAGUAUGAAUGGGUGAUGAACCUAACCACCCACCCCAAUCUGCUGGAAGCCAUCACCGCUGUGCUGGGCCCCAACGUCAUCCUCCUGGACUCCAGGUUUAUCUGCAAGUAUCCCGCCAGGGAUGUCCCUCACAAAGAGGAUACGGCACCAUAUGUGGCCUGGCAUCAAGACAUAAAAUAUUGGGGAUUCGAGGGCGGUCCCGUGGCCUCAGUGUGGUUGGCAUUCGAUGACGUGGACGCCGAAAAUGGAGUUCUGCAAAUUAUUCCAGGGAGCCACAAGCAGGGGAUCCUGGAGCACAGAGUGGCGGAAGUUCCCGGGAAUAUGCUGACAGCCAAUCAGGAGAUUCCGAAGCACCUGGUGAACGCGGAGGAUCUGGUGGAGUGUCCGCUGAAAGCCGGACAAAUGUCGGUUCAUGACGGACUGACAGUUCACGCCAGCGAGCCAAACAUGUCCGACAGAAGGCGCUGCGGAUUCGUCAUCCGCUAUGUUCCCACUACGGCUUACCCAGUACAGGAUCCCGAGCGACCCCGGACUUUCCCCGCGACCGUCCUGGUGGCCGGAACCAAUGAAUACAAUCAUUUCCAGGACCACGCCCCCAACUUCUUCACCAAGACGCUGUAAUGCGUCUCUCUUUAGGACCCGAUGGGCCCCCCAGUGCUGAUCGUUUCUUCUUCAUGGAAAAUCCCGAUUCUGUCUUCUGUGUUAUUUAUUAUUUAUUGAUCAAGUUGUAUUUAUUUGUAUCUCGUAAGUAUAGUGAGGCUGCGUUCACUUCAACCGGCCAAUCAAAUGCUGGCAAAUGCUGUAUUGUCCAUUCCCUGGCACAUGAUUGGCUUCCAUCCAUUCCCGGAGCUGAGCGAACUCUUCUCCUUCAUAAUGAUUAUAGAACGGCAUUUUCUCUCUGACCAAUCGAUUGUCUGUGAAAUAAAGUUUUUUCUAUAAACA